UCAGUUCCUCUUAUAAAAGGCACAAGUGAAGAUGAGUAUAGACUAUUACAGUGAUUAUAGUGAUUUUUCAAAUAUUUCAUUUGAAAAUGCUGCUGACUUUACCGAACUGGAUUUUGAAAAGAAUCCAAUAUUCAGGAUUAUAGCUGGAAUAUACCUUUUUAUCUUGAUUCUUGUUGGAUUCUUUGGAAAUAUUUUAGUGCUGCAAAUUAUUAUCGUCAAGUGGAAAAUUCAAACAUCCUUUAACUUGUUCCUAGCAAAUAUUGCAGUAGCUGAUAUUUUCUUCAUAUUUGGGACAGUAAUAAGCUUGACGUCUCACAUGUUUGUUGGUGAAUUUAUAUUUGGAGACACAAUGUGCAAAGUAGUAACAUUUUUUGAGUAUUUUGGACCCAUUUUGUCAAUCUUUACAAUCGUAACAGCUUUAAUCAUUCUGCAAUUUAAUAUUCGACUCUUGCUAUCAGCCUUAAUCAUUGGAUUCCUUUAUAUAGUCACCUCACUUCCGGCAUUUGCACAAUCAGUUCUAUUUCGUACUUAUGAUUCACAUUCGACAGAUAGCAGUGUCAUUACAGUGUGUGCAAAAUCAUAUCCAAGUUUGGAAGCAGAAAAAGGACUUGAUGAGUUAGACAAGAUAUUCCAAAUCAAACUUCCAAUGGCAAUUUUGUCAAUUUACAUCAUUUUUUGGAUCAUUCAUAAAAGCAUCAACUGUACAAGACUUAUGAGUGGAUUUAUUUAUGAAAAAAUGCUGACAGUAAUGGCAUUCGUUUAUAUAAUCCUGUGGAUACCAGCUUUGUUUUGCUUGCACAACAUAGAGAUGCUUAAUGAGGAAUAUAAAGUUCCUAUGUUAUGCACGCUCUUCCUAUGUCAUUUACUUUGUGGAGCAGCUAUUAUCUACAAACCAUUCCUAUACAUGAUCAUGCAUGAAGGAAUUCAAAGGGAAUUUCAAAAAUUCCUCUACAUUCGAUCACAAAACCCAGAACGAAGUCAAAUUUCACGGACAUUUUAGAUUUUGUUACUUGAUUAAGUGAUUUUAAGUCUGUGUUUAUUAUGACUAUUUGGAAUAUUAUUGAAAAUAAUGUUUAACGAUUAGCAAGUCUGUUUUGUUGCUUUACGUAGACGUUCUAAUAAUGAACAAUUAACUUUUAUUCUUUUUUUGAAAUUCAACGGUUUUCAAAAAUUUGAAUGAACUGAUCUUAGUUUAACUUUUUAAAUGAACUGAAAUAAAAUUAACUUUUUGAUGAUUUGAUCUAAAGUGAAAUGGAAUUGUGACAAAAAUUUGAAUUUUUUGAACUUCACGAACUUCUUUAACGACUUUCAUUUUACCAAUUUUGAUUAAAAAAAUAUUCACUUAAUUAAAUAAACGAAUUCCCCAAAUGACAAAUGCUCCCAAAAACUACGAAAGAAUGAAUGUCCUCAUAAUCUCAUCGUGACAAGCGCUCAAUGAAUAACAAGCAAAUAUUUUGAUAGUGGACAUAUGAAGGCAUAAAGGUUAUCAACUCAAUAAAAUUAAUUAAGUACUUAUCUGAUGUUUAUAAACAAUUGAUUUUAAUGUAGAACAAAACUGAGAAUUAUCAGCAUCGGCACGACU